CGUAUUCGCGUCUACCGCUGUCAGAGCUUGAAUCCCAAUAGACGUCAGCGCCAUGAAUCCACCGCUCGGACUGUCAAAAUCCGCGCUCUUCACAGGACUCUGCGUCGCCUUAAUGUCAGCAGCCCUUACGAAUGCUCUCGACUGCUAUGCUUGCAGCUACUUGGACGGGUACAGUGACACCUCCUGCCUGAACAACGCCAGUGCAGUGCGCGUGAUCAACUGCACCAAGAAGUACUGUGUGACGGUGCGCCAGGAACUGCUGCGCAACUCGAGCAAGGUAAUGUCCUUCCUGCGCGACUGCCAGGACGAGCCGGUGAUGCUGUAUGGAAACAGGCCAGAUGAAACGUUUCGCACCUACUACACCUCCUGCCAGCAGAACCGCUGCAAUGGACACAAUGGACGGGUUAAGAACUCAACCAGUGGAACUGGGGGCGGUGGGAUUCACAAUGCCAUAGUUCCAGGAAAAAAUACUGGCCAAGGGGCGUCUUUCACUCCACGGUUACUGUUCAUUUUUCUUGUCCCUGCACUUUGGCAAUUGACUUAGGCAAAUAAGACUGGUAUUCUAACAUGAAAACAUGGAGAACCCUGACGUAUCGAACAUUUAUCUCUGGUAUAAUGAAGUGAAAGUUAUUCAAAGCAGCGGCAAAUGAGUCAUUUUCUCGUAGUAUACACACAUAGAUAAUCGAUUUAAGAAAGUUUAACGUUUUCCUUCGCUACACACAACUGUACAAAAUGUUUAUAAGGUGAUUGCCAAAUUAGAAACAAGCAUUCGCUUUAAUAUUACUAAAGAGAUUCAAAUAAACAACAAACCUGCCUAAUUAGAGCCCUUUAUGAUAUAGUCAAAGGCUCAAACGAAAAGC